AUGCAAAGAAGGGAACGACUUGUGAGAAGGAACCUAGGGAGAAGAGAGGAGAUAAGGGCAGAUGGUAGAUGGGGGAGUGGAGGCUGGAGAGACGAUGACGGAAGCGGGAGGGUCACACUAAUCCCCUUUGGGCGAUGGACUCAUGACAUGGAUUCUCAGGCUACCGGGGGAUUCCAGUUCCUGACGUAUACAAAGACUCCUUUCUUGUUUCUCGGACCAUUUACUCACUGA